AUGUAUUACAAUCAUCCACUGUUUAGUUUCAAUAUAAAAAUGUGGAAAUUAUUGGGUUUCAUCGAAUUUGAAAGAAUCGAUCGGGCUAUCGUAAUACUCAUCUUUCCAUGUUUCAUUAAUACUUGCCAAUUUAUGAAUAUCGCUUACAAUUUGCAUGAUAUGAGCGUUAUUGCCAUUGGUCUAUUUAUGACGGCUAUUUUGUUUAAUGCUUUGGUGCGGAUACUGACCGUAAUGAAAAAUCAAUCGAAAUUUAUAGAAUUUUUUGAAAUGAUUGAAAAUUGGUAUCACGAAAUCGAGAUGGGAUCGGAUGCGGGAGCAUGGAAUUUAUUAAAGCAUGUACCACGACGUACACGUUUGAUUUCUAUUGUAAGCUUUUCAUUUGCCGCUGGUGCAGCUGGGGCUUCAGCAAUGAUUCCACUAUUUUUGGAGGAGCGAUGUUUGCCCUACGAUAUAUACGUACCAAAGUGCGAUCACCUUAAGAGCCCUGUCUACGAAAUACUCUACUUUAUGGAGAGUUGCAUCUCGAUGCCCUUCUGUUUGCUGACCUAUGUUCCGUUUACAAAUCUAUUCAUUACAUGGCUUACAUUCGGCAUACGUUUACUGCAGAUUUUGCGUCACAAAUUGGAAUCGUUGCCCCAUGAAAAUGACGAGGAAAUGUUGAAACAGUUAAAGGAAUUAAUACGAUUUCAUCAUCGGAUAAUGGAUUUUGGCAAAACACUGGAAAGUUUGGUCUCAUUUGUGUGUCUUGUCGAAUUGGUAUUAUUCACGUUAAUGUUGUGUGUUCUUUUGGCCAGUUUCCUAUUGAUGGACAACGUAAUGUUGAAAAUGGCAAUAUGCAUUUAUAUUUUUUGCAUUCUCUAUGCACUUUUCAUUCCCUAUUGGCAUGCCAAUGAGUUUUCGUGGGAGAGCACAAAAAUUGCCGAUGCUGCUUACAACAUUAACUGGACUAGAUCGAACACCAAGAUACGAAAAUGUAUUGCCAUAUUAAUGUUGCGUAGUCAGACUCCUAUAAAGAUAAAAGCUGGUGGAAUAUUUCCGAUGACUCUCGAAGCAUUUCAAGCCCUAUUGAAUACGACAUAUACCUAUUUUACCAUGUUCAAGGGAAUGAUGGGGAAGGAACAUCCAAUGCUCAAUAAGUAG